AUGAGUUUGACACUAACGUUUCUGUUUCUUGUUCUAGUUUUGUUGAGUCGUCAUGCUGAUUCUGGCUCUAUUGUCAAGUUUCUUCCUGGCUUUGAAGGCCCUCUGCCAUUCGAACUCGAAACCGGGUACAUUGGCAUUGAUGAGGAAGAGAAUGUGCAAUUUUUCUACUAUUUCAUUAAAUCUGACAAUAACCCGAAAGAAGAUCCUCUUCUUAUAUGGUUAAAUGGAGGACCUGGAUGCUCUUGUCUUACUGGCCUUUUUUUUGGGAACGGACCUUUGGCUUUCAAGUCGGAGGUUUACAAUGGAAGUGUUCCUUCUUUGGUCUCUACGACAUAUUCAUGGACAAAGACGGCAAACAUAAUAUUCUUGGAUCAGCCUGUUGGAUCUGGCUUCUCGUAUUCAAGAACUCCAAUUGGAAAAACUAGUGACACAUAUGAAGUUAAGAGGAUCCAUGAGUUCCUUCAAAAGUGGCUAAGAAAGCAUCCACAGUUUUCUUCUAAUCCUUUUUACCUUACCGGAGAUUCUUAUUCGGGUAUGAUUGUCCCAGCCCUCGUUCAAGAAAUCUCAAAAGGGAAUUAUAUAUGUUGCAACACUCCUAUAAAUCUACAGGGUUAUGUGCUCGGAAACCCGAUAACACAUAUCGAAAUCGAACAAAAUUAUCGUAUUCCAUUUGCUCAUGCAAUGUCAUUAAUCUCUGAUGAACUCUAUGAGUCACUGAAGAGAUUUUGUAAAGGAAAUUAUUACAUUGUGGAUCCAAGUAACACAAAAUGUUUGGAACUAGUUGAAGAACACCAUAAGUGUACUGACAAAAUAAAUAGUCAUCAUACGUUAUUACCAGAUUGCAAUGACCCAAAUACACAAUAUAUAUCUCCUGAUUGCUUUUACUAUCCGUAUCAUCUCGUUGAAUGUUGGGCCAACAACGAGAGCGUUCGCAAAGCUCUUCAUGUUAAGAAGGGGAGCAUAGGAGAAUGGAUAAGGCAUAAUCCGAAUAUUCCAUACAAUAGCGACCUUAAAAGCAGUGUACCGUACCAUAUGAGUAACAGCAUUAAUGGCUACAGAUCUCUUAUCUUCAGUGGUGAUCAUGACAUCACAAUGCCUUCCCAAGCAACUCAGGCAUGGAUCAAAUCUCUAAACUACUCCAUUGUUGAUCAAUGGAGGCCUUGGAUGAUAAACGAUCAAAUCGCUGGAUACACGAGAACUUAUUCCAAUAAGAUGACAUUUGCUACUGUCAAAGGAGGUGGACACACGACAGAGUAUCUACCAAACGAGUCUUCUACCAUGUUCCAAAGGUGGAUCAGUGGCCAGCCUUUGUAAUAGAGAC